CCAUUCUCGUGACUUAUGACGUCACAUUCGCCAUGUUUCAUUCAGAAAAGAGGUGUAAUGUUUUGAUUCGGAAAUACUGUCAUUAGUCAUUAAAACUAAACCCGGAAAUGAUAUCUUAAGCCACACUUCAAAAGCUACGAUUUAAUAAGUGCAAACAGAAUAGACACGUUUUAAUAAUGGCUGGCGGUGGAAAUAGAAACUUUAAUUUCAAGGCAGUGCUUUUGGGUGAAGGUUGUGUAGGCAAGACUUCCCUGGUUCUCAGAUACGUAGAAAACAAAUUCAAUGAUAAACAUUUAACCACAUUACAGGCUUCAUUUCUUACAAAGAAACUGAAUAUUGGUGGAAAACGUGUAAAUUUAUCAAUAUGGGAUACAGCCGGUCAAGAGAGGUUUCACGCGUUAGGACCCAUAUAUUACCGAGACAGCAAUGGUGCAAUACUUGUGUACGAUAUCACAGACGAGGACUCAUUUCAGAAGGUGAAGUCCUGGGUGAAAGAGUUGAAGAAGAUGCUGGGAAAUGAUAUAUGCCUGUGUAUAGCUGGCAACAAAAUAGACCUGGAGAAGGAUAGACAUGUCACUGUGGCAGAGGCAGAGGCAUAUGCAGCAUCAGUUGGGGCAAAACAUUUUCACACUUCUGCAAAAUUAAGUAAAGGCAUUGAAGAAAUGUUUCUAGAAUUAGCGAAAAAUAUGAUUGAAAAAGCAGACUCGGACACAGCUACCCGACCAGGAACAGGAAAGAACAAUCGUAAAAGUGUGGUGGUGGUAGACGACAGCACACCCUCGCGGCAGGCAGGUGGGGGCGGGUGUUGUGGGGGCGGGGGGUCAUCAUAGCAACAACGUAGGCAACACACAGCACGCUUGAAUUCCAGCCAACUUACCCUGCUGUACUGCGAAUAUAUAAGAUACAGUUUGUGCUGAAUAAAGACAUUGAUUGUUGAUUGGCAAAGUAAAAUAUUGUAAAUAGUAAAGUCUAUUUUAGUGGUACGUACUUCUAACUUUAGUCUGUUUUAAAGGCCAGAAAGUGUUACUUUUUUCAGUUGAUGUUUGGGAGUCGUUACAAAGGGUGAUAUACAUACUUGUAUGUGAAAUAUCUAGUGUUAAGACCAUGUACAAUGUGCAAGUCUGAAUAAAUAUUUGUCUUGUCUUGUUAUUUUUUACCAUAAAAUGCAGGGUUUGUGUUUUCUAAGAAUGUCAUGGCAUAAGUUAUUUCAAAUACUCAUUUACAUGUGCUGAAAUGUCAUACCUGAUAUGUGCCAUUGAAAUCUUUUUUUCCAAAAAAUAAAACAACUUAAUGCAUGCAUACAUGGGUGUAUACAUUUAUGUCUAAUUAGUAUUCAAAGAUUUUUAGAAUUAGAAAUUGAUGUUGAACUAGGCUUGUAAGAUACCAAUACAAGCCUGACAGAUAUUGUCCACUGAAACCAGGAUCUGUCUUACUAAUACUUACAUACAUAAUGGUUUGAAGUGUAAGAUGACCUGAAACAAUAGAGUACAUGUUUAGAGGCUUUUGGUUAUAAUUGAUUGACAUGAUAAGUGCUUUUCCAAACAGGAUAUCUUGCAAAGCUCAGUUUUGCAUUAACAUAUUUUUGUGUAAUGUUUAAGUUUUUGACACCAUUAUCACAUGAUAUAUAUAGUUGUGAGAUGUAGAAGUAUUCAAAGUAAUUGCUUCUGGAAGUGGUGCCAUUGCAAAUUGUGACUUGUACAAUUCAUCCUCAUGUCUUAAAAAAGUCCCUUACUAUGAAUUGACUGUGAAUUUCUAGGAAAACAAUUAUAUUGCUUUUAUAGUAUGGAGUUAAGGUGUUAAUUAUUUAAAAAAAGGUUAUCUUUUGUUGUUUUAAGAAUUAAAGUAAUAUUUGUACAUUUGUUUAUGGUAGACCGUAAAUACAUGUCAUGUACUAGAUGUUGCACCUUGUUGUGAAGUAUGUUAUGUUUCAAAUGUUCAUGCAAGAAUUCUGAAAGUGAUUAAAUUGUUAUAUAAUUUAUUUUCUGUGUGCUUAACCUGUAAUACAUGUACAUCUAUAUAAAAGAUUGUCAUUACAUUAUUAUGAUGUGGCCUUAUUGACAAAUAGUUUUUGUGUUUGUGUUUGUGAAUUCAUUAUGAUCUUUUUUGUGUGCAACUUUGGAAAUGUGCAAGACCAAAUGAACUCUAUGUAUAGAAAUGGUUUCAAGAAAUAUUUUUCUGUUUUGAAUAGCUUUGUUUAUUGGUUCUAUUUAGAAAGUAAAUCAUUCUAAAUGAUCGUUCAAUAUAAUUUCUUGAUAUACUAGUAUUAAUAAAGGUCCUCAUAUGAAAGAUUGGAAGAAACAGUCAUUAUAUAUUUUACAAUGACAUUAUCAUGUUUAGUUGUCCUGUUAUCAUGAAAUGUGACUGUUAGAAACAUGCUUUUCUGGUAUGAAGCAGCAAAACAUGAUUUGUGCAUACCUGAACAAACUGAGAUGCUUUUAGCCAAUCAGAAUAUAAUGCUAGUGUGGAUGAUUGUUUGGUAAACACUACAGUUUGUACUCUUGCUACGUGUAGUCAAUCCAAGCAUUUCAUAAUUAAGUGAAAGAUCAGAGCUAACAAAAAAUUUAUUAUAUAUGAAAAUUGCUCUGUGAACAGGGGGUUUAAUGCAUAUGCUUAAAGUGUUGUCCCAGAUUAGCCUGUGCAGUCUCCACAGGCUGAUCAGGGACAACACUUUCGGCUUUUUAAUUUUUCAUUCAAGGAAAGUAUCUUCUCAGCAAAAAUCCAGUUAAGGCGGAAAUUGUCGUCCCUGAUUAGCCUGUGUGGUGUUUAAAGGCUUGAUAAAAUAUUUGUUCUUUUUAUAAUUCUUGUAGUUAAAUAUAUGUGCGCAAAUAAUACUUUUUUAAUAAACAUAAGAUAUAAAGAUUAAGUAUACUCUCUAUUGAUGGAUUAUUUUAUUUUUAUUGAAACUUCUCAUAAUACCUUCAUUUUGUGCUUUUUUGUAAACAUACUUUUUUUUCCUCUUAUUUAUUCAAUCACGGUUUGGAUUUUAACAUCAAAUAAAUCUACAAAUUGAUAAAUUUGGGAAUAGGCUUUUGGAACAAAAAUGUGAUUCAUCAUCUUCUGACUUUCAGAUUGAUUUACAUUCAUGUAUGAAGAUACUCAUUUUAUGUUACACAUGUGGUACCUUACAUUUAAGUUUUAAAAGGAUUACAGUUUCAAAAUUGGAAGUGCUUGUUUUGUAUUGAUGUUGAUGUUUUCGAUUUCUUGUGAAAGUAUAUAUUCUUGAAAAUCGAUUGUGUUUAAAUGAUAAUGAUCAUGUCAUCAAUAUCAUGUUCACAUACAUUCAUCAUUCAUAGCACCUUUUGGUUUACAAUCUGACGAGAUUGUCAGAUGAACAUGGACUACAUUCUGUUACUCUAAAUUGAAAGCAGUGGAAAUGUGCGAGACUUUUGUAUCUGACUAAGGUUUAUAGAGUGCUUAAAUUAAAUGUAUGUUUUGUUUGCAAAUGUAUGCUGUUUUCAUUGGCUACUUACUUUUUAGUUUUUCUUGCAUUAUAAUUACCAGAACUAUCUUGUUUGCAUUGUGAACAUUUCUGUUUCCAAAGAACCAGUACAUGCGUGUCAGUUCAGAAGCAAGUGAGAGUCCAUGUGUUGUUAUUUGGAUGUAUAUAUUUAUUGAUUAUUAUUAAAAUAAAAUAAAACAAGAACAGCUGAA